CCUGGAAGUUUGGGGUAAAAAUUUGAUUUUUUUUCUAAUAACCUUGAUUAUCUUGAAGCCAAAUUAUUAUGGAUACAUUUUUCUUAUAUUGGUUGAAAUCUUCUCUUUAGCGCUGAUAAAAAAUACUGGACAAAAUAGCUUGUGUAAGGUUAAAAAUGUAUCUUCUGUGGCUGGCAGACCUCUAAUGAGUCUGAUCUGGUUAAUGUUAAACUUGCAUGUUGUAUAACCUGUGAAUUUGUGCAUAACAAGAGUCUUCCACAGGCCAUCACGAGUAAACAGUUUUUUUUACUACUGCAGACUGAGUAGAUUUAUUGUUUUGGUGUACUGGCUCUGAGCUUUUUCCUCUCUGGAAAACAAAAUCUAGUUUACUUUUUUUUUUUUUUUUACUUUAUUCAUUUUUAUUUGUUUGCUUGUCUUUGAAAAAUACAAAAUUCAAAGUCAUUAUCACAGUAAAUAUCUUGUCAAUCAACAUGUACCCAGGUUUAAGUUUAGACGUUUCCUCUUGUUUGAAAAUUUAACUUUGAUCAAGAUAUUUUGUUUUUUCUUUAUUUUUGUCGACAUCAAUUGUUCUUCACUGGCAGAGGGGCAAUGAAUGCAGAAGGAGAGGUAAUUAGUUAAAUAUUAGUUUGUUAAAGAGACAACUCAGCCAGAUGAUUAAAUGCAUGGGUGACAUUAGGGUUAAUCAACUACAUUUGCUCAUAUUGCAGUUACAAAAUAGUUAGUCUUUGUGCUUGUACUUUUUUGAGUACUUUUUUAAAAUUAUUAGUUUUCCUAUAAAGUGUUUUCUGUGGAAUAUGUUGUUCUUCACUUCAUUUUACAUAGCAUGAAUUACUGAAUAAAAUACUAACUCAAAACAUUAGCUAAACACCCACUGCACAACAGCCAACUGAUAGAUGAUGUUGACACCAAAACAACAACUAAAUUUUUUCAAAUUAUCACACAUUCAAUAUAAACUAUAUUACUGUGACAGGUCUAAGUAUAAAUAUUGUUUCUAGAUAUUUCAAGCAAUAAUUCUAUUCUGUUGUUUCUGUCACAAACCAGAAAUUUAACAAAAACAGAGGGAGGACCCAUGUGCAGAACUCAAAAUGUUUAAUCGAACAAAAGACAAAAGAUGAAAGUCCGACAAAAACUCACUCUAAAAAUGUCCAACAGAGAAAUCCAAAAACACAGCAAGCAAAAAUCAAAAUAAAACAAAAGGCACAAGGAAAAUACUAUAGGACGGGCUCAGACACUGUGGACAAUGAACAAAGAACAAUGAAUCAAAAAGAAGGAACCCAACACAGGGACUAAAUACACUGCAAUGAGAGACAGGUGAAACACUAAGACACAGGUGCAUACAAUCACUGAGGAGGGAAAACACAGAUUAAAAAAAUGAACAAAACUUGACACAUGGGAAUUGACUUCUACCAAAUAAACCACACACACAGGGAGAAGGAACUACAAAAUAACCCGAGAAACACUGAAAACUGACCACAAGACCAAACAGAAAAACACAAGAACAACAGGAACAUACGAAUAACUGACACAGUGGAAGGAACAAUAGGGAACAGAAACACUGAAAAAUACAUAGAAUGUACAACUAACUUAAGAAACCAGAUAAAACUAAAUUAACAAGAACAUAUUCUGACAGUUUUGAGUAUUUUUGGCUUGCAUCAUCAAGCCUCCCCUCUCACAAGUAAGCAGGGACCAUCUACCAAGCGCACUAGUGACUGAAGACAGAAAUAUCCUCACCUGAUAGGAUGCAGAGCCAACAUCCCUUCACCUGGAAAUAGUGUUGGUUAAAUUGGUGACAUUAGUUUUGGCACCUCAAUGGGUUAUAGGUAGGCCUGCUCAUAUAGUAUCUGUGUCUAAGCAUUUGCAUACAAAUAUGUGCAUACAUUUACCAGUUGAAUGUGAAUAUGUAUGCAUAUAUGAAUAGAGGUAUGUAUAGAGAUAUCAGAAUGUUCAUUUGUGUACUUGUGUGUUUAUAUUUUGGCGCAUAAUAAUACUGAAUUAUAAUGCAAAAAAUAUUGAGGCCUGCUCAGUAUGUACUUAUUAUAGGCCUACUUAUUCUUCUUUUACUUUCCUUGAGUAGAUGAACAGACUUGUCUUUUUACUUGCACUUAGGUAAGAUUUCAUUUCAGUGAUUGUAUAUUUACUAGGGUAAAAUAAUGUAGCUUUUUUCUCCACCCUGGAUUAUAUAAAUAAUUUAGAAAUUGAACAACAUAAUUUUGUUUUGGACAUUAUUUAAAGAGACUUGACAUUAUAAUUGGGCGGAUUCAAACUUAAAUGGUAAAAGCACGCUUAAAAAAGUCAUUAACUGUCAAGAUUUACUUGCCCCUCAGUCUAAGCUAUCAAAACAAUGCAUGAGGAUCUCUUUCUCAUAUUUCGGAUCACGACAUUAAGGCAAUCAUAGUUUUGUCUCUAACUAGUCUAUCUGCAUAUAUUUCAAGAUGUUGUUCAUCCCUGCAAACCAACAGAAUGAGUGUAAACAUAACUGUCUUGCUAAUGUUGCAUGGUAAAAAAAAAAGUCUCCUAUGGUCAACUUUCCCCGUGUAUGGGGUAAGUUAAGCCAUACACGGUUACACGGUUAAGUUAUUCAACUGGUACAAUCAAUCGUUUUAUUAUUAUUGCAUAUAACUGCUCAAAAGCUGUUUUUUAAAAAGCCAUUUUAAUAUGAGAAUGUCUUUGAAUGAUUCAGAACAUUCACAGCUGUAUUUUUGAAAAGGAAAAGUAAAACAUUUCAACAAUCUGAACUGAAACUCUGAUCCUCUCAUCAGACUCCUUUACUUUCUCAGUUGAGCCACUGGUUUAACUUACCGCAGAUCAAACUGUUAUGACUUUAUUAGUCCUCUAAGCUAAAAUGGUGGACUUUUAUGUUAGGUUUUCGACCUCAUGAUGUAGCUCAUAGUUACAUAAAACAAAUUUAAAAUGAUCUUUUUUGGUCUGAACACAAUUCUAAUAAAACUUAUGACAGACUAAAUUUACUUUCAAUACAGAAAAAUGUUUCUUUUUUUGUAAAUAAAGGUCUAACCCCUUCACCCAUGUGCUUCUAACCUUCACAGGCUCCAUGAAUUGAUGCCCAUCUCCUAAAUAUUUGGUCACAUGAUCAAUUUCUUUUACUAUUUCCAAGCAACAACUUACCCUUUGGCUCAACUUACCCCACUCUCCCUUAUCUGCCAACUUCAGGGACGUCAAGAGAGAAUAAGUUUCCCCUCCUUAACGCCAGUAGGAUGGGCCGUUCGCGGUGAUAUAAAAUCGAAUAAAAAACGAGUGUCUUAAUUCUUGUUGUAUUGCGGUAAUAUGAGGUCACCACAGUCUGGGGUCCCUUCAGUUUGUUGUUCGCAGUAGUCCUCUGUUUGCGCUUUUCCUUUAAGCGCAGAAAAACCCCGGCCCUGACGUCAGCAGUAAAACCUGCUCCUUCUUCUUCUUCUGGGUGUCUCUGUCUGUCCGUCGGAAAGUGAAGUGUUGUUUGGCAUGCUAGUGGUCCCGGAGUUUCUCUUCCUCUUGUUUGUCCGUCGUUUUUGUGUCGUCUUCGCAAAUAUAACAUACGUCGCGGGGUUAAUCGUUAUAACUACAGAAAGACAGACCUGUAAACGAUUUAUGGGACGUUUUAAUAAAGUUCCCGAAGUGCCUUUUGAGGAACCGGCGGACGGCGAACCGUUGCCGCGAUGGAUAAGCUAACUGAUAGCUGAGUAGCGUUAGCCGCGACUCCCGGGUCAAUAAUAGGUCCAAGUUAGCAUGCUAAUAGCGAGCUAAGUUAGCAUUUUGUCGGCUAACUUUGUGACUUUGUUAACCUGUAACGUCAGAACUACCCAGGUCAUUUCUCGGGCCUGGCUUCUACAUAGUUCGUCACAGGCCAACCAAGCUAACCCCAGGAAGAGGACUCAUUCUUCUGUAUUAACAGGGGGGGAAAGUAGACCAGAUAAGUUUAGUUUCCAGGGGCGGCUGUUCGUCUCUCUCAGCCCAGACCGAGAGCAUGCUGUCGAACGCACAGAACCAGCCGCUGUUUCCCAACCCGGCGGGACAGCAGAACACGGCCGGGCAGCAGAAUCCGGGCCAGUUCCUCCCCUUCCACGCCAGACCCAGCUUACAGAUCAAGAAGAACGCCAUAACUGAUGAGUACAAGGUGACCAGCCAGGUGCUGGGGCUGGGCAUCAAUGGCAAGGUGCUUGAGAUCUUCCAGAGGAAAACUGGAGACAAGUAUGCGCUAAAGGUAGGUUUGAUUUAGUCUCACAAACUAGAAAGCAGGAUAUCUUUGACAAUAUCGAAACCUUUCAUUGAUGGUGAAACCAACGAAUGUACAGGAAACUUUGUGUGCCCACCUCAAACUGUUCAUUUCUGAAGCUAUUCCAGUGACAACCAAACUACCUACACUCUUUCAGGGAUGAUUAAAGGUCAUUCUUUUAAGCUUCUCAAAUAAGGUUCAUUUCUUGUUAUACAUUGGCGUGUGAUGGGAGGAUUGAACGGACUGCCCAAUAGGUGUUGAGGUUGCUGGUUGUACAAAACUAGAAGUUUCGAAAUGGAAAACUUCUACAGAGGUCUGAUUGAUUGAUAGAUAAGCAGACUUGGUUUCUUGGUCAUGUGUUGUCCUGUGAAGCUCAGUUAGCAAUGGUUAGAAUUCAGGUAUUUGCAAAUGACAGGUAGUUUGGACUCCUCAUCUGAUAAUGUAGUUGAUAGUUUAUGUUAAAAGUGAAGAAUGUAUUUGAUUGUUUGAAUAUGGACAACUGGUUAUUAUUUAGUGACACAAACUAGAAAGCAGGAUACCUUUGACAAUACUGAGACUGUUCAUUGAUGGAAAGACCAAUGAAUGUACAGGAAACUUUGUGUGUCCGCUCAAACAGUUCAUUUCUGAAGCUAAUCCAGUGACUACCAAACUACCUACACUCUUUCAGGGAUGAUUAAAGGUCACUGUUUUAAGCUUCUCAAAUAGGGUUCAUUUCUUGUAAUACAUUGGCGUGUGAUGGGAGGAUUGAACGGACUGCCCAAUAGGUGUUGAGGUUGCUGGUUGUACAAAACUAGAAGUUUCGAAAUGGAAAACUUCUACAGAGGUCUGAUUGAUUGAUAGAUAUGCAGACUUGGUUUCUUGGUCAUGUGUUGUCCUGUGAAGCUCAGUUAGCAAUGGUUAGAAUUCAGGUAUUUGCAAAUGACAGGUAGUUCGGACUCCUCAUCUGAUAACGUAGUUGAUAGUUUAUGUUAAAAGUUAAGAAUGUAUUUGACUGUUUGAAUAUGGACAACUGGUUAUUAUUUAGUGACACAAACUAGAAAGCAGGAUACCUUUGACAAUACUGAGACCGUUCAUUGAUGGAAAGACCAAUGAAUGUACAGGAAACUUUGUGUGUCCGCUCAAACAGUUCAUUUCUGAGGCCAAUCCAGUGACUACCAAACUACCUACACUCUUUCAGGGACGAUUAAAGGUCACUGUUUUAAGCUUCUCAAAUAGGGUUCAUUUCUUGUAAUACAUUGGCGUGUGAUGGGAGGAUUGAACGGACUGCCCAAUAGGUGUUGAGGUUGCUGGUUGUACAAAACUAGAAGUUCCAAAAUGGAAUACUUCUACAGAGGUCUGAUUGAUUGAUAGAUAAGCAGACUUGGUUUCUUGGUCAUUUGUUGUCCUGUGAAGCUCAGUUAGCAAUGGUUAGUGCUCAGAUAUUUGCCAAUGACAUGUGAUUUGGAUUCAUCAUCUGAUAACGUAGAAGAUAUUUUACGUUACAAGUUAAGAAUGUAUUUGACUGUUAGAGUAUGAAUUACUGGUUAUUUACUUUUUUUAGAGAUGCACCAUUCUUCAGGGGUUAUCUCUAGUCCCAAAUCACAGGUGACAGAGUUUUGCAACAUGGGAGUAGGACAUAGGUUCUCAGUCUUCCAAGGAAAGAGUCUGCAUUAUGCAAUCCGUGUAGGUGUCACUCACAUCCACCAUUUCAUGCGAAAAGAUCAAGAAGAGAUAAGUGAAUGUUUUUUUUAAGUUCAAACCCUCAUGAUUUAAAUUUAUGUUUUUUGUGUGCCCUUCAAAUCAGAUAAUGGUUAGUGCAGGCUGUAAAGAGGCUGUGUAGUAAAAGGAACUUCCUCUGAAAAUCACAUUCAGCUUAGGUCAAUGAUUGAUAAAGGGCAGACGUCACAGCAACUAUCCACACACAAGUGACCUAAACAGGGCCCAGGGAAGCAAUUUACCAAUGAUGAGUGGAUCAGUUAUUUAUUUACCAUUAAACACGCGGUUGCAGUGUAAAGUUUGUUGAAGUAGAUUUUGCAUUCUUCCUUAUGUGAAUGACAGUUUGAGAACAUCCUGUGUAGUGGUUUAGACUGACAUACUCUAACUGGGUUAACACCUUUUUACUCUGCUCACUUUGACAGACAGUGGUAAGUCAAACCAGUUGUGUUUGUCGGUCAGCCUUGUUACGCUGUGUUUGUCACUCUAUAUAUGAAAUUAUUUUUCCUGGGCUUGUGUGUUUUCAUAAGGCCUAAGCUGCUUCAGUUUCUGUCAUACUGACUAAUCUUUAAGACUGUAAAGUUCGUCGUAGUUUUGUUUCAGGUAUACACUGACCAAUGGGUAGUCUAAUAUACCCAAUACACCAGGUCUACCAUAUUUUCUCCUUUUAUGACACUUUUACAUUUUAAAUUUUUGUUGACAUGGUCAGGCAGGUUUAUUCUUUGAAUUAUUGCUGAAGUUGUCGUGGGUGUUGCUGGUAUGCUGUUGAAGAUGUUAUGGGUGUUGCUGGUAUACUGGGAUGUAUUGUUUUAAAAGGUACUCCUUAUAUUUUGCUCCCCUCAUGUCUGUUCAUGAAGUGGACAAAAAGGGAAAGGACCACUUUUCUGGGCUGCGCGUGAAUUGACUAUUCGGCAUUCUUUAUCUUUAUGUAUAGCUAAAAUAUCUUUAAAAUGAGCAAAUACACCUGUGCAUGCUAUUUAUCUUCAGCUUGGAUGACUUCUGCACAUAUCUUAUUACCUGUGUGUUUUUCAGUAAGCACUGAAAGAAAACAUUAAAAAAAUGCCAACAAAGAAAUAUAUCAGUCAUAUUACUUUUUACCAAAGAAUAUUAUGCUCAUAGUUUACUGUACGUUUUAAACCUGCCUGAUGAUGUAUUUGUUGUUAUGAACAUUUAUGGACUGUAGUUUUUAUUUUUGGGAGAAAAGGAAAAAUGGAGGUUUUAUUUUUAGCUUAUGUCGCCCAGUCCUGCAAUAAUAAAUGUACACUACAAUUAUCACCUCUCUGAUAGUUUCAGCAAAAAAACAGAAAAUUGAGAUGCUUCCUAAAAAAAGUAUUUGUGGUAGAGUUGAUGUAUUGGAUAACAUUAUAUUACCUAGGUGUUCAUGGUGUCAUGGCUGUCUGGUAUACAUCAGUAUCAUGUUUGAAGAGCUUUUAUGAGUGCGCUGUAACCACUCUUGGGUAUUUUUAGACAGAUAUAGUCUGCUAGCCAAUUAGAAUGAUUAAAAAAUAAUAAUUUCACAACAUUUUUUACAUUUUUUUUAAAAUUUACAUUUCAGGUAACACAAGACAGCACCACAAACAACAAUGUCACGGCUACACAGGACAGAGAAAAAAAUUAAAUAAAUAAAACAAAAUAGAAUUUAUAAAAAAAAGGGAGAAGAGGGGUUGGUGUAUGCUCCCAAUGCUUGUGUUUAAGUAAUAAAAGGCAGUAUAACAAGAUGUCUGCAUUCGUACAAGGUACAUAGCAAACACGAUGAGUCAAGCUACAACAUGUUACAAGCAUCACAUUUUUUUCACUUUACAUCACAGUACAUCAAAACAAAGGAAAUCCCUAAUAUGAUUGUGAAGACAACACACCCUGUCGCAUCUGUUUCCAAAUUACCUCAGAUCUUACUUUAUUAUCAUUCAGUUUGUCUGUGAGUCGCUCCAUUCUUACAAGGUUGAAAAACUCAGACAAGAAGGUUUCAAUAGAAAAACAAUUUGGUGUUUGGGAAUUUUCCAAUUAGAUAAGAUCUUUCUCUUGGCAGCUAGAAAAGCUAUGCCAACUGUUUUCCUUUCCCGUUUGGUUUUCAGCUGUUUAUCCCUCUGGCCCAACGAACACAACGCUGGACAUGGCAAAAUAUUAACAUUAACAAUCUUUGAAAUUAACUUGCAAACUCCUUUCCAAAACAAAUCAACAGCAGGGCAGAACCACAACAUAUGAAUCAGGUUUCCCACUUGUCCACAUUUAUGCCAACACAGAUUUGAGGUACUUGGGUCUAUUUUAUUAAGUCUAGAGGGAGUAAUAUAGGCUCUGUGAAGAAUUUUCAGUUGUAUUACUCUACCUUCGACCAGUUUGGAAAUCGUUUUCAUGUCACACCAAAUGUUUCCCCACUCUUCAGGAGAUAAUUGAACCCCUAUGUCGCGUUCCCAUUGUGACUGUCUUUGAGUUUGGAUUUGAGGUGGAAUAAAGUAACAAUUUGUAUAAACUUGAAACUAUUCCUCUAUUUGAUGACAGAACUUUGAGGUUUUUUUUUAUUAAUUUCAUAAUUAUAAUCAAAAUAGGUUUUAGGACAUUUAGAGACAAUUGAUUUAAACUGGGAGUACUGUAAAAAACUUUUGGUAUUCAGGUUCGUGUUAUAUGUUUUUAUAAGUUCUUCCAAGGGGAGAAUCUCUCUGUUUUCUACAAUUUAAGAGAUCUCUACGGUAUUGUGAUUACACCAUUCGUUAUUAAACAGAGGACUCCCCGCAGCUUUAAAGGCGUUGUUAAACCAUAGUGGGGAAGAUGGGAGGCAUGAAUUUGCAAUAUCUAAUCUUUUGUGAAUUUCUCUGCCUAUGUCACAUGAAAACUUAUUAAUGCAAAUAUCCAUCUUCUUAGGUGGGACAGGGCUGUACCAGAGUGAAGAUAUUGACACUAGUUUGUUCCUUUCCUUUACAAGAUGUUCUUCAAGCCAAUCCCAGCUUCCUUUGUCUCUAAACUUUUUAUAUCCUCAAGUAAUUAAGUAUCUGGCAUUAGAAGAAAGAUAAUAUAAAUAAACAUCUGGUAUGCUGAGACCCCCUUUGUCUCUUGGUAGGGAUAAUUUUUUUCUAAUUAAUUCUAGACUUCUUAUUGUUCCACAGAAAAGAGGAGAACAAUUUAUUAACACUGUCAAACCAGGACUUUUCAAUAAACAGAGGAAUAGAUGACACUAAAAAAUUCAGUCUGGGAAGGACAUUCACCUUUAGCAUUUCUGCCUGCCCCCAUAAGGACAGAGGCGGGGCAGGCCAUCUUUUGAGGUCUUCCUGUAUGUUAUUCAAUAAGGGUUUGGCAUUUAAGUCCACUAAUUCAUUAAUGGAUGAUCUGAUUUUCACUCCGAAAUAUGUCAUACCUUCUAAUCUCCAAAUAAAAGGGGCAGAACCAAGAUCAUUAACAUGUGUAAAUUUGUUUAGGGGAAUGGCUUCACAUUUGGUCAAGUUUAUUUUAUAGCCUGAAAGUUUGCCAAAAUGGUCAAUGGUUUCUAAGACUUUGGGUAAAGAAUGUAGAGGAUCUGACCACGUCAGUAAAAUAUCGUCCCCAUACAUAUUUAAUUUGAAAUCAUGGCCACCAAUACAAGUGCGUGUAAUCUCCUUAUCCUGACGAAUAGCACAAGCCAAUGGUUCAAGGGCUAAAAUAAAAAGCAACGGGGAAAGGGGGCAUCCUUGUCGAGUAGAUUGCCAUAAUUGGAAGGGAGUUGAGAGUAUUCCAUUACUUUUUAUUAUAGAGACAGGUUCUUCAUAUAACACUCUUGUAGAUAUAGAGCCCUCAGACUGAACAUGGAAACACUUCAACAAUACCCUAUCGUUCUGACCAAAAAAGUAUUUGCCCUACAAAAAGGGCCAUGUUUUUCAGGGACUGAUAAAAGUAAUGUCUCACCAUGAUUUGAUAUUUUCACUAAAUGAAUGAUUGUUCUACUUUUUUUUAUUGCACUUUAUGGACUUUUCUACUUUCUCUUUCAGACUGACAAUAAAACAUGAUGGAACACAAUCAGCAGCCUCUAUAUGGUUCAAUACAUGUCCCUGCUCUGGGUCCAAGAUUCAGGGGGAACUGGUGUCUCUGGAACUGAAACUUUGUCUUGGUCCUUUUAGAUUGUAAAUGUCAAGAAGGGAGUAGGGAGGCAGAAAGACAAAAGAGGAAUAGAGGGUGUCCUCAACAGGGUGUCCUUAUUUACAUUUUACCUUGACAAUUCCCUUAUUGAUUCCUUUCUUCCUGGUGCCUUGAAAAACGGUCUCGCGAGUGUGCCACUUUACACGAACGGGAACAAGGAAAGAGGAAAAAACAUGGCGGACGAUAUGAAAAGUAGGCAGAAACGAUCUAAAGAGUGGCUUAAUUUUACUAAGAAAGACGACAACAGUGCAACAUAUGUGGAGCAGUGAUAACUUGCAAAGGUGGACACACCAGCAACAUGCUUCAACAUUUGUCAAAGGGGCAUGGCAUCAAAUAUAAGGAGUCACAUGUAUUCGAUGCUCUUCGCCGGUGUUCUGCCGUAGAAUGCACCGCUGCCGUAGAAUGUACCCCCUGCAUCCCAUCCACUCAUUAGCUUCUUAAAGUGGAAGAAAAUGAUCUCAUAUUUAAAAACAUGAGUAUUCGAUCAUGACAUCAUGUCAAAUAGAGCAGCAAAUUUUCGUUCUGUUUUUAUGUGUCUCAAAAAUGCACUUAAAGAGAUGUACUUGGGUAUAUUAACUCUACAGUAAGCUGUCAAGGUAGAGAACAUUAUAUUUUUGGGACAGCAAAUAUUCCGAAUCAGAGGGCUAUCGUUUUUUUGGCUUAUCUGAACAGUCUGAAUGAAAUCAUUAAAGGCACACGCUUUUGAAUCCACCCAAUGGUAAGGAAAACUUGGAUUAUUUCGCCUUGUUAUGUACUUUCAACCGUGCUCCCGUCAGGGGUGCAUUCUAUGGCACAACACCUGUUGAACACCAGUCGUCAGCCGCUGCAGCCCCGUCUCAGCACGGCAUUGAAGGUACAUAUGAUAGGGCGACCAUAUGUCCUCUUCCUCUUUUACUCGGACAUGUCCUCUUUUUUUUCUCCGAGGGCAGUUUAUGUCUUGAACGUGUAUUCAUUUAUUAUAAAACAGUGCGGCGCAUCAGUGCUCUCUGCAGCUCUGCCCCUUCGCUCACUUCUAAGCAAAGCCACUCACGCGACGCACGCAUGCACUGUCUUUGGGAAUUCAACUGAGUUGGAAGUACAUGAAAAAACACUCGACCUGCCAAAAAAAAUAAAAACAUCUCAAAAUUUCGUACACAAGUCCGCCCCGCGUAGUAGUGUCCUCUUUUUGGGGAUUUAGAAUAUGGUCACCCUAACAUAUGUCCUGUGUUAACAUUAGCACAAUGCAUGCCAGAAACGCUGUACAAAUAACAUUUCUGUUUGAUUAUUUUAGACUCUCACUCAUACAUAUGUUUCUGUUAUCAGAGACUCAAUACAAUUUUAAGUUAAUGGUGAAAACCUAUAGUCUACUUUUUUAAUCGAAGAAAGGCAUUGAUAAGGGAAUCGUUAAAGAAUUGAAUUGAUAAGCAGAAUUAUUAAUGGCAUUGAUAUCGAUAAAAUCUUAUCAAUUCCCAUCCCUAUUUUUAUACGAAGUAAUUACCCCAGAAACACCAGAGUAAAAAGUUUGACUCUUGAGAAAUCACAUUCCACAAACUACUCUCAGUUGAUCCUGAAGUAUUCCGUUUUGGAUUUUUUAAUGCAACCAGUUUGGUGACCAAAAGUGUGUGAAAUGUAAAAAUAAGUAAAGCGAUGUAGUGUGUGCUGAGAUGGAAGAGUUGGUGCUGAAGGUGACAGAUUCUCAAAACGAGCCAAAGAAACCCAUUUAAAAAAAAAAUUAGAGUACAGAAACAAAGACCGCUCACUGCAUGUAUUCAACAAGGAUUUAAAAUGAAUAAAUCCUUAGUGAAAUUCACAGACAAGUAGAUGAAAAUAUAACAGGACCCAAAAUGGGUGGUAACUAUUUCAGUGUAAAGCAUUUAAACAGAUGGCCUCAGAGCUCCCUCUCUUGAUUUCUCGUCUGUGAAAGGCGCUGUAUAAAUAAAGUUUACUUACUUACUUACUUAGAUGGAAAUAGUCUUUUUACAUACACAACAACACACACACGCACAGACUCUCUUUUCAGUAUGAGUUGUUUGUGAUAUUGUAGCUUCCCUGAUGCCUUCUCAUGCUUUUGUGAGACAGACUGCUGCCAAAUAUAUUUGUCACCUUCACUGAUGAACUAAUGAACUGGCGCCCUUCAUUGACGUCAGCUGACUCAGCCCCAUCUCAUCCAUUGCAUUUAUUAGGUUUGCAGUAUCCUAUCUGCCAGCCUGGCCCCAAGGUGAUAUCACCUUGUAAAACGUUCACCUGUCUCCUGCACCACGUUUUAUGCGAACAGCUCAGCGGAAUAAUUUGUGUCUGAGAAAUGGAGCCACUGUGAAACAUUUCUUAUACCUUUCUAUAUAUUAUGCUUGAUGCAUUCUGUAUUAAAACGUCAGUAUCUUUGACUUUUGUCUGAGGUGAAGCUCUGCUCUCUCCUGUGUUGAUCGGUCUGCCUUUAAACGACCGUGUCACAAGAGGGUGUGAGUCAUCUUCAGGUAUCGUCUUACAGUGACUACAUUUACAUUCACACAAGAAACCAGGUUAUCUAAAGCAAUCAGGUGAAGCCCACAUACGUAUCCAAAAUAGCACAAUUUAAAUACUACAAUGGGUUAGGGUUGCCCCUUGUUGUUACAGAAAACUAAUAAGGUAAAUGAAACCCUUUCCCUGAGUUCACAGUGAUUAUGUGCAUGAAGGUCCAACUGCCUGCAAAAUGCUAACACUUGCAUGAUCAUACAGCUCAGAGCUAUACCCUCAUCUGAGGUUGACUCUAUUUAGUAUUGUGAAAAGAGAAAUAAUGCAGAUUAUGUAACAAGGUGUUCCCAUCUAAACUUGAACAUAACACAAACACUCAGUUCCUAGAUAACGCUGCGGGCUACUGUGAGGUCAACUUCUUUUCCUGACAGCACAACACUGUGUGUGGCAAAACUCAGAGUCAGGACCUCCCAUUGUGCCAAUGCAGUAGUCAAAUAAUCUUCUGUGUGACACUGUUAUUUAAUUUAUUUGGCUGGAAAAUGGAGAAUGCACAUGGGGCCACUCUUAAGGGAAUUUAUUUCUUAAGGAUAAUCAGUUUUUUUUUACCUUUUUAUGAGACAUAAAAACAAGGCUAUUACUUAUUUUGUUUUUUUCCUAUGUUACUUGUGAUGGAUGUUUUCAUUUCAGUCUAUGGAUAAUUUGUCUUUGAUACCUUUUUUUCUCUCUCCAUUUUAUAGCACAGCAGGUGAUUUUUUUUUCCUGGUCAUUUUAAGUUGCAGCAACAGAAUGAUGGGUAGUUGCAUCAGCACAUAUCCUGCGAUGUUCAGUUGAGAAUAGGACUUGACAAUUAAUCCAAACUUCACUACAACUGACACACUCAACCUCCAAAGGCUGUUAUUGUGUUUGAUUAGAAGAAAGUGUAAAUGGUCUUUAUGUUCCCCUCAAUUAUUCUAAAAUCAGAAUGAAAAGAUUAGUGCUCUCUUAUGAGAGAAAGUAUCCCAGCUCUAAUAACUGAGUGUGUUUAUAGUUCAAAACUUAUCAAUGAACUAUGAGAGUAGAAAAUUAAUUGUGUAAUUGUAUUUGAUUUGAGGUCGUCACUAGGUAGGAAGUUGUGAGCAAGUUUGUUCAGCCAGGCAGCGACAGUGUUGUAUUUACCUUAAGUCAGACACAAAAUGUGUACACAUAUUAGGAAGAGCCAAAUAAUAUUUUCUUCACACAACUAGAAGUGAAGAGUUUGACAGUAAGGCUCCAAGAUCUUUUUUUUUAUGUAGGACAGUCUAGCUUUGUUUGAUAAGAGUACAUGAAAAUUCAUUAGGAAGAAAAGGCGACUUUACAUACAGUUACUUUCUCUCUAAGUUUAUGAACAUGGGUUUCUUUUAUGUCCAGUAGACUCCACUUAGUGACAGGCCAUUUUGUUCCUCAUGGAUGUUGUUGCAUUUGUUGUAACAGAUUUUGUUUAAUCUCUACAAACCCUGACUUUAACUGUAGACUUGUUUUAUUCCUGCUUGUGGUUGUUUGAUCAAUCCUAAGCUGGUAAAAUGUCUUACAACAUAUGAUUUGAUUGAAGUUUUGUUUUCAUACUGUUUUAAAGCCGAGCCCUCUGAGGUUUGUUGGUUGACCUGAACAUUUUUUUUGCAGUGGUAUCUGACAAACUGUCAUGUCUAAGUUGGGAACAGGUGUUCAGCAAUGACUCUUUGGUUUAGUCUGGUUUUGCUACCCUGUUCCAUGUAUGUGUCAUUAAGCUGACUUGACCUGAGACACUAUGACUAAUUGGUUUGGCUUGUGUUUACUACACUCGGCUGUACAAGUUUAAAUGUAGACCAUUGAAUGUGUAAUUUUAUUUUGACUUCUUUGAGACACUGUCCACUAUUAGUGUAUCAGUGGAUUAUUUUUCAUCUGUAAUGCUCUUCUUGCUGAACUUUCUCUUCAUAUUGUACCUGCUUCCUAUACAUGUGUGAGCACUAUGUGAUCUCACUUGUUUACUUAAGGCAAACUUAUCUCAAAUUCAGUUGUAUUCACAUAUUUACUCAGUAAUGAUGUCAAUUUACUAGGCCUAUCAGAACUGGCCAUAUUGGCUGUUAUGUUGAGCAAACUGAACAGCCUGACAGCAUACAGGAUCCUCUGUUUGCUCUUUUCCACUGUACUGAUCAGUUGCCUCUUUUGAUGAGGGGUGUUAAGGUGAAAGUAGAAGAUUCAGGUACAUCACUGAUCUGCUGUCAGCAUCUGCUGUAAUGAAAGAGUGUAGACGACAUCUUAUGUGAGACAAUCCCACUUUUUUCACAUCUACUCUAAAGUGCUUAACGCUAGAAACUGACUGUUGAAGUCUUGAUUUGCCAGACAACUGCAUAUAAAAACUUUUAAAGACACGAUAUGCCAGCUAAUGUAAACCUGACUCACCAUCUCUGCUGCCCAGUUACGUAGUGACUGUCAUUGGUGAAGCUCUCACUCCUGUGACUGGUAAUAAGGUCAUGCUAGAUAGCUGCAUCUAAGUGUCUUUUUUGUGAAGGAAUAUAAACUUUCAUGUAUCAUUGUCAGUUUUUUAAAAAUCUCCCAGAAUACAUCUGAAUUUGGGCCUGACCGAUUUAUCGGCGAGCCGAUUAAAUCGGCCAAUUUUAGCCCUUUGAGCGACCUCAUGACAAUCUUUAUCCACUAACUACCUCACAGCACAGCAGAGUGACGGAUCUGAAGCAGGCAGCUCAGGGUCAUGGAGGAGAGUGGUCCGCCACAACGGUAAAUAAACCAAUUUGUGAAAUACACAAUAAGUCAAGUUUCAGUUCAACCCGCUUCACGAUGUUCUCCCCUGUGCUGGUCUAGGUCACGCAGAGUUAAUGGUGAAGCACCAUGUAAUAUGCAAGUUAAAGUUAGAGUUAGCCAUCUGCUAUUAGCCUUGCUACACUGGUAGCCGUGCCGGUAACGGUAGAAUAAACAACAGUACACAUUACGUGAUCGAGCUACUUCUCUUACUGAGGCAGCUGCAUGUCUCCAGAUGAGUACCGGGCCAAAAAUGAGUAACGUGAGUUAAGAUGCGGAGGCGCCGAUCGGCCGGGUGGGGUGGGGGUAGUUGAAAACGCUUUUCUGGUCCGAGUUUGAUCAGUCAGUCUUCCUGUCGGCAUGAAGAGCAGGCCUAAGGCGUGGUUUAUGGGAUAAUACAUGAACGCAGACAUUCAAGAAGAGAGAGGUUCAAAGAGGCAAAAAAAGAGCAGGAGUCAAGGUUUGUGGAAAAGGAAAGGGAGCAGGUUAAAGUGGUCUGUGAACAAACACUACAAUAAGACAGAUAAUUGGAACAGUUACACCCAGGUGAAGUAGAGUGUCAGAUAUUUUAAUAAGGAAAAAUCCAGCACAAGUAUGCUGUUAUUUUCAGGAAAAGCUGCAGAUAGUUUUUGUUUGAUGACAUGACACUUCCUGAAAUUCAGAUAGAUGUGGAAGUCCACUGCUGAGGUUAACACACCUGCCGAGGUUUUGCUGAGGAGAGGAACUGUCACCAUUUGUCCGUUUCGGUCACGGUUUUUGUUGUUUGUUAGGUUUUUAUUUCCCAGUGUUUCUCUGGCUCCUGUAGAACAGAAGAAUUUAGUUGAUUUUGUGGGGAUAUGAAGCAUAGCAUAUGAACCGGGCAUACACACUGUCAUGUCUGAUUAAAGGUUUAAUAGAGAUAAAGAGGAAGAGCCUGGCCCAAGCCUGAGUCAUGAGGCGGUGAGAGAAAGGAAGGAACAAGAGGGAGGGGGAGAGGAAGGAAGAGGUUCUCUGGUGGCCCUCUUUGAUUUAUUUUGCUUCAUCUUACUGUUAAAUUCUGAGAGUUGCCUUUCAGAUACCUUUUUUCUUUUUUAUGCUGGAAGAGUCCCCGUUCAUUAUUCAACACAAAACCACUGAUUACCUGAUGAACAAGAGUAAACUCCCCCUCAGCAUCAAAAUAAUCCUGUUAAUGAGAGUUUUGACUCACGAGCUUAGCCUUUAGCAGUAACGCUUCAGUGUUUUUCUCUUAGUUUUUCAGGGGCAUUCGGGGAUCAUUCAGAUACUUAUAUUUGACACUGCUUAUUUUUGGUGAUAGUUAUUGAUACCGUUUUUGAAAGCAGCAACUCUUCUUAAAGGAGCAAUACGUAGUUAGGGAAUGCUUGGCAAUUAAAAAGACACUACAGUCUGCAUUCAGAACAUUGAAGAGCACUUAAUGCUGAGCAGGGCCAAUAUCCAUUCAUCCUUUAAUUAUUAAUUUAUUUGGUGACAGCUUUUUUUUUUUUUUUUUUUUUCACUUUAAAUUUGACAUUCUUAAAGACAUUAAUUAUCAUAACCUUUAAUGAUUUCUCUGAAAUCUGUUAUUUUCACAACUGACCUCACUGCAAGAAGGUUUGGAAGGGAGGACGCACAGUUAAUACAGUCUUUACUGAUCUUGAAGAAGAAUCAGCAAUAACAUGGAACAAAUAGCAUAACGAAUUUCAGUAUUCUCAGUUAACCCCCUUACCCCCAGUGAUUUCCACAGACUUACACUGUGUGUCACUAGAAACUACGAAAGCAAUGAUCCCUUAAUUUAUUAUAAGCAGCAGCUGCUGUCUAGCUACCAUGUUUUAAAUUAUUCAAUAAUAAUAAUAAGUGUCCCUCUAGUUAAUCUGUACAAACAGUGAAAUUUCAAUUUUAGCCACAUUUGUUUUAUGCACGAAACAGUGACAGAUUGGGAACUGAAAGCAAGCAUCAACUCACCAACAGACUGUAAGAGUAACCAUGAAGUGGAAGAGCUAAUAACAAUUCAGACGAGAAUAUCAGUUUAAAUCUAUGACGGUGAUUUUAUGUGAACUAGCUUUCGUAAUGUCCCUUCCUCAAAGACUGUUGUGACCAUGUUUUAAUUCAGAAAAAGGGGAACCAUUUUCAUAGCUUUUGAUAUACCUACUUGAUAUGACCUGAAGGGUAUUUUGAAAUUAAUUACAGUUUCCCACGGUCCAGAGAAGUCUGUAUUACAGGUGUCAAUGUGGAGUUAAAAUUUUAAGUCCUAUCUCAUUGUAAAAUGUGAGGACAUGUAAACCUCAUUCAUUCACUUAAGUGUAUUUCAAUUCAAAUGAGCUUUAUUGGCAUGAAAUAUCAGGGCAAAUAUUGCUCAAGCAUAAACAGUAUUACACAUUGAUCAAUAUGCAAUAAUAAGUCAAUGGGAUUUUCAUUUGAUACAAUUUGUGUGUGUUUGAUGAAAUACCGUGAACGAAUAAAAUAUGAAGUAGUGACUCUACAUGCACACUCUGAUUUAACAGCUCCUCUGUUUUUGGGCUCUAACUGUUUAUGUGAGGCAGAAACAUACUGAGCUGCUGGUCCCUCACCUGGGAGGACUGACAGCCUCUUCUUGUAAAGUAAGGUUAGGAAAUUUGAAUUAAGAUAAGUCUGUCACAUGGGUAGUUCACAUGGUUGAACUAAAAGGAGAACAACAUGCCUUUCUAUUUUUCUUGUUUAUUUUUCAGGGUAGCUAUGCCUAUGACUAGUCGAUAAAGUACUUGCUGUAAGAAAACUGAUGAUGAAGUCUGAUAAGUGCCCUAAAGAUCACAUAGUAAGUUUAUGUGUGGCAUGUGUCACAAACAGAUCUUGAACUUUAAUUUGCUUCCUUUUUGGGUUGUUAGAUGUAGUUAGAAGGAUGUAGUUGUGAGUGACAGACUCCAAAGUAAUGGCCAUUUGUGUCUAAUAUAAAGUAAUUUCUAAACUGACACAGCCCUGUAAUAAUCUUGUAAUGCAGAAUACUUCCUGUGCUGCCAAAGACAACACCGGAUUUCAUAAUUCCACAUUUACUGGACUUUUUCUCAACCUGUGACUCACUGUUUCUACAUAAUUUCUGCUUUGGUCUCAUGACCAUUUACUGAGUAGACAGUUCCUGGGUUGGGUAGUAGGGCCAAAUGGUGUCAACCAUUAAGGGAAGUGAAAUUAUUUCUCUCUUCCUGAGUUCAUUCUUUAAAAUGCUUUUUGGUCGAAGUUAUUACAUGCUGAAGUGUGAGUAAGCCUUGGAAGAUUGGGUACAGCUAUCUAGUCUGAAUGCAGAAAACCCCCAGCACUUCAAUAUUUUACUAAAUGACAGUUUAUCUUGUCAUUUAUCUUGUUUGUAAGUCAGAGCAAAACUAAAAAGUUCAGAAAUGUUUGUAGUUUUCAGACAGGCUCACCAGUUUGGCCAGUUUAUCACUCAUCUGCCCGCUUGUGUUUCUACGGUGAAGCCACAGGUAUUAUCUUUCGCAUCAGACACACACACACAGAGGGGAAUUCACACCAUGAAUCAGAAAUGUGAAUUACGGAAGUAGUGAAGGCAAGGCAGCUCAUGAGGACAGAAGGAGAGGCAACCGCAAGUCUGCUGGAUACCUCAAGUCAGUCUUAGAGUUCUUUUCUGCACUGACCUGUUCAUCAUCUCACAGGUCUUUGUCAACACAUCACCAACACUAUGUACUUUGUCACUCUAUUUGUGUCCCUGUUGAUCUGUAAGCCUCUGUGAGGAAGAAAGACAGCUGUUUCUGUGUGUCCUACAGAUGUCAUUUUCUUUCAUUUCCUCCCUCUUAUCAUGGUGUGUGUUGUUUGCCAGGACACCUGCUGGCUAAUGAUACUCACCUGCAAACUAGCCAUCUGUCUUCAUGAUGAAGAUGUGACCGACAGAGCUUGAACUGCUUUGUUGUGGAGGGUGAUAUUGUUUAAUCUUAUCUUACAGUAGGAAUAAAGAGUAUUAUGAGUCCUGUCUUCAACAGUUUGUUCAACCUGGAUGUGAAGGGAACUGAGUAAUUUCGAUCUCCGUAUUUGUUUGCUGUGCAGACGGUGUUAUUCUGCCUCAAGUAAUGCAAACAAACCAUACUCUGCCGCGCAAACACAAUAAUGAUAAAUACAAAUAUAUGAUAGCACCAAAUAUACACAGCGUCCUUUAGGGGCUUUUCUGUAACAUUGUAAUGUCAAUAACAUGAACCACUGAUUCACACUGUCAAGGGUACUGCUGGUCUCAGUGGUGCCUUAACAUUAAAUCUAGCCUUAUCUAAAAAAAUAAAAAAUAAAUAUGAACGCUUUGGUCCUUUGCAAUUUUAAAAAAAAUCAUUUUAAAUAAUGAUCUGAAUUUAACUCUCUUUUUGGCUCACAAAUGUUGCUGUUGAAUGAUGCCAAAUAACUUAAAAUACUGCAUCAUAUAAAAUCACACAUGAUAUUCUAAUGCUAGUGCAAACUCUCAAACAGACACAUGUGGUGGUCCUGUCCAGCUCAGCAGCUGUCUUUAAUCACAUCAUGUUGUAUUGACACACAGAUCCACAGGCACCUCUUUUGGUAGAUUGUCAUUGAACUCUUUAUGUCGGUUUAAGAGGCUUUUUUGAUUGAGCCAAGCUUAACCUGUCACCCCUCUUCAACUCCCCUCCACAGAUUUUUACUGACCCAUCACCCGCAGUGUGAGGUUAUUUUUUUCCCUGUCUGAUCCAACAUUUCUAUGAUCAACCUGGGACUCCUCCCUAGCUCGUGAGUGGCAGGUGGAGGAUGGGUGCUCCUCUGCCUCCCCCCGGUCCAGCCUCCCACUGCCCCAAGCUCAGGGGGGCCUUUGUUGUUUGCUAAAGGAAGUGUAUUGUGUGCCCAUCUGCCCCCCUCAUCUCCCUCCUUAUCCACAAGCUUUGCUGUUUAGCCUCAAAGGGCCAACAGCAGAUGGGGAGACCAGAAGAGAGGUGAUGGGGGUGUGUUCUUGUGUGCGUUUAUGAUUGUGUAUGUGUGUAGAGGUUGGUGUGAAAUGUUUUUUUGUGGAGGGACGUCUGCUAUAUUUAGAUGUGCUAAUUUUAGUUUCGCUGCAUGGCUCUUGUUUCUAGUACAUGCAUUUGCAUACAGUAUGUCUUUCUUUCAGUUUUUCUGGAUGGUAAGAAAUUUGAGUUGUAAUUACAGAUAAUUAUUGAGUAUUUAUUACCGAUAAUUAUUACAAAUACUCUAAAAUAGACUGUUUAGUACAACACUGAGCUUAUCCAAAGUUUGAACUUUGCAGUCAUAUAAAAGUUAGCAAUGUGCACUGAGACAACUCUGCAGUUAGUUUAAAGAAUACAGUAGUAUUGUAUAGUAAUAGUAAUGAUCACUGAUUUCAUGUAUGUUGAAAAUGGACUGUUCACUCAGUAUAAUGCUCCUUUGAAGUUUCCUAGUCAUUUAACAAUAUAUGUUACAUGAACCCCUUUCAUUCCCACUAUUUGAAACUGACAGUGGAGGCUGGUAACAUGCCCAUCCAGAUUAGAUUUGCACAUUUGCAUAGAAACACACUGAUGGCUAUGCCUUCAGAAGAACUUUGGCUCUACCCUCUGAGCUACUGCCACACUGUUAUUAGUCAAAGUACAAAAAAAUGACAAUUUAAAAGAGACAAUACUUACCAUUAGUGUGUUGAUUUGCUGCAAAAAGAAACUCAGAAAUACAAACCAUGAAUUAAAUCGUUUCUUGAUAAUCUGAUCUGUGUAUUCUAAGAUAUUGAAAAAAAAAAGUUACAAUUUAUAUUUUUUAUGAAAGAAAAGUGCAGCCUUACAGUGCACAGAUAUAUGUGUGUUUGACAGACUGAUGCUUAUCAUCUUGGAGGUGAUGUAUUACUCCCAGACUUCUAACAUUUCUGUCAUAGUUUGUCCAAUGAGCAACUUUUUUCUGUUUAGUUAAAAAAAAAAAAAAAAUCUCAGAAUCAACUGUUAAGCAAACUAGCUUGCUAUCAUUUAAUUGAUGCAACACAACAAAUUAACACCUAUUACUGGUGCGUGCCAGAUUAUUUGUCGACAUGUCACUGUUUAUUAGUGGAUCCUGAUGUUUGACCGGAGAAGUGGUACAACCCCAACCGGUUCUAUAAAUAUUGAGAUAUUGAAAAUAGAAUUUAUAUCUGCCCUUUGAUAACAAUGUUUGAAUAAAAAUUUCCAUCAUUGACCUGUUUUGACUACCAUCUGUGCCAUGUAAGUGUAGCCACAAUUGCAUCAUGUGUUUAAAUUUUGAAACAACUUUCAGACUGCAGAUUAUCUAGUCUGUGAUAAAAAUAACUUACUACAGUACUGCAUCGAAAAGGUAGCAAUAGAGAAUGUAGAAAUCUAACAUUUAUGAUUGACGUAGAUAAACAAAAUGAUCAACUCUCGAGACUCUGCUUAACUUGGCCUGACUUGACUCGAUGGGUGUGACCUCCGAACAACUGUUAUGAAGGACUUGUUGCUGGUCAGGCUGUUGGAUGAUUUUUUCAUAGGCCUUUGAACUUAAAAAAAGGCCGAUUGAUUUACUCUUUGUUUGAACAAGUGAGAAUACUUUUAGAUUCAUUUUACCGAAAGAGGAUCUCAACGUCUCAUACAAUCUAACAGAAGUGUAUGACAGCAAGAGAGUCAAACUUAUUUACCCCUCUACUCUUGGUCCUGCUGACUUUGAAAUGGAAGGAUCAGACGAAGCAUCCUGAGCUUUAAAAACAAGGUCACACAGAGUCAUGUUACUUUUAAGACGGAAAAUCUGAAGAAAAAGCACAUGAUCGUUUUGGCCUAGUUUUACUUUCAUUUUUAAUCACUGGCACAAUAAACUCUGGACUUCUGCCAAUCCCAACAGUGAUAAUGCACUUCUUGAUCCAGUUGUGUGAGGCUUUCUCCAAAUUUAUGAAACCGAUUUCUAACAGCACAAAUGUUUCAUUUGUUAGAUAGAAAAUAGAUUGCAUUUUUACAUUACAUGUCACUAACUCCAUUCACAUACAUUUCUGAGGACAAGGUAUGCAGACUGCAGCGGCCAUGAAUCCAAACACUUGCCUUUUAUCUGUGAACAACUUACUUUACCUUGCAAGCUCUUAAAAUAGCCCUGUAAGUCUGUAAACAUUAAAAUAGAUGCAGGUCAGAGACCUUGAGGCUUCUAUGUUACAGUUUGGUUUUCCAGGUCCAGCCUAAAGCAGACCUGUUUGUGUUUUUACAAGGUUGAUUUGUUUUGUUUGUUUCUUUUUGAGCUAGGUUGAGUAAGAUAAAAUAAACAUAACCUGACAAUGAUUGGGGAAAAGGUUAAGAGCAUAAGACAGAACAGUCAGUGCACUGGCAUGCCAAAAUCAGGUUGAAAUCCCCUAUUUGUACUCACUUGAUUUCUUGAACAUACUGUAUUGUUUUCUCGCAAAAGAUAAGAGGAACCUAAAAGUACAGAACACCGAGAAAACGGGCCAUUUGUCGCAGUCAUACCCUAAAGCUGAGUGUGUUUUGAGAGUUUUUAACUUCAUAUGUGUUGGUUUUAUGUUGAGGCACUGCAUUGACCUGCUCCACCUCUUUGACUAGAGCAGAUGUUUGCACCAGGAAUACCACUAGAGGGCGCUGUGAAGCAGUACACGGGGGAACCAUGUUUAGAUAAACUGUGCUGUAAAUUAAAGGGAGUUAAAAGUUGGAUAAACUAAAAUAUAUAAUAGAGGGAUGCCCUAAAUGUUUGAAUUUUAAGACUCAUCACAAACAAUCACCUGUGGAGACCUAGAACUGCGAUCACUAAGAACUUGAAAUGACGUACAAUUUGUUCUUUGGCUUGUAAAUUUGUUUAUUUUGUGCUUGGAGACUUUCUAUACCUAAUCCCUGCUAUCUAUGCAAGUGCAAUAUUCAUACAUAACACUAACAUGCUAUGUCCAUAUCAACACAAUAAAUAUAUUUUUGAGAAGCUUCCUUCAUUACUUACUGAUUAUGCAGGUUUUUAAUUUGGUUUCACAAUGUGUGCAUGAAAACAAAUUUAGGAAAACCAGUAUUUUACGCUUUGUGAGUGUAAGUAUGAAGUGUACAAGAGCACAUCCAUGAAAAAAAGUAUUUAAAAGUGACAAAAAGAAGCCUCUUUUGGUCCUCUCUGUAGGGUUGCACAGCCAAAUAUUUGAAUUCUGAUUUUCCAACAGUUCUCUUAGUUUACUUUUUCCACACAGUCAGCCCUGAGAUGGAGUGAAUGUUAUGAGCAAAAAUGUCUUUUGGUACUAAAAUGUCACAACAGCAACAAAAAAUGCUUCAAAACAUAAGCUUAGUGGUAGGGGGCCAUCAGGUGUAACUUACAUGCAGCUUUUGAGCCAGCAGGUGAACGAGUAAUAUGCUUCUUUUUCAACAUCUUGUAUCUGUAUGAGAAUAUUCUGAAAAGCUUGAUCUGGCAGCAGUGAGAAGACUUUGUCCUGUCUGUCUAAUUGCUCACUGGAACGAAGCCUACUGUUGUGUUGUGACCGUGGGCAGGAUUGGAAUGUAAUGCACCACAGCUGAACAGACAUCGGCUCAUUGUCAGAUCUACAAGGCUGAAUUCUUUCUUUUGAUUGACAAAGAUAUUUUGGGGUUCACUUGUAUGUUGAUGUGUGUCAGAAGCAAAUUUGUAAACAAACACUUGCACUUACGUAAGCAUAAGCAGCACUUUGAGUCGCCUCACUACAGUUAACAGCCUUGUUUUUAAGUAGAGGUGCAACUCCUCAAUGUUGAGGAGUUCAGGUCAAUAUCUGUUCAAAAAAAUUGUCAGUUUCAUGUGACAAUUUCUGUGGCAUAUACCUUUUUUUAAAUUUUUUUUAAACAUCAAGCAAGGUCAUAAUCCAGGACCCUCUUCGGAGUUAUUUCUGCAUACUUAUCAGAGGCACACUAUUGAACUAAACUCACACUCAGCUGCUUUUAUAUACACAGGUAUCAUUGGGUAUUUAAAAACUACAUAGAUUGGAAGCGCAUUUCCUUAAUGUUUUGUUGUUAUGGAGACACUAUUUACAAUUACUUGUUAGGUAAGUAUUUUUGACUGAAAGGUUUUGCGUGUUUUGUAUUGUCAACUAAAAGAGUCAGUUUUCAGCAGCAACGGAAUAAACUUGUAUGUGCCCUGCUGUUUUAUGAAUAUGCUUUGUUUGCAUUGUUUUGCUUUGUGUAACAAGAGAAACACAAUGUUAGCUUUAGUACUGCAAACACUACAACACAGAAUUUACCAACACUUACCCCUAGGGUCUGAAUAAUGCCAGGUUCCAGGGGGGCAGGGGUCGCCGUACUUACGUUUAUACAAGUUAUUUCACAAAAAUUGGCUCUAGUUUUCUCUCUUGUGUAGGAUGGUUGUAACAAUUUGGGGAUAAAUGUAGCAAUAAAGAGAUAAAUGUACUCAGUGACAGUACAGACUCUUGAGUUGCAGUUUACCAGAUUGAUGUACUGACCUAGCGACACACAAAGAGGGUGCUACUGUCAUUCAAGACCGAAUUUAUACUUUCACACCAUUACUUAAACGUUCUGUCAGCAGGGGGCAGCACUGUUCCUAUUCUUUUAUGUAAACAGUGGGUGUGAAUUAGAGGUUCGGUGUCUAGUUUCUACAUCAUAUUUGGUCCUGACUAAUCCCAUCAUAACACAGCUGCUGUCCUGCAGAUUAGUUUGUCAUUAUAUCAACCGAGCCUCCUCCCCUUAUUCUUUCCUUUUGUCUAGAUGCUGCAGGAUUGUGCCAAGGCCAGAAGGGAAGUGGAGCUGCACUGGAGGGCAUCACCUUGUGCCAAUAUUGUUCGGAUAAUUGACGUCUUUGAGAACCUCUAUCAAAGCAAAAAGUGUCUGCUUAUAGUCAUGGAGUGGUGAGUGCAAAGUUUCAUCUGUCUUGUCUGCAGUGCACCUGUGGUCCUGACAAUGAGAGGAUUUUUGAAACAUGUUUUAAGACGGCACAAACACCAUGAGACUGAUGUCCUCUGCUCAAACAGCUCUACAAACCUGGGAAGAGUGAGAGUUGAAGGGCCAGCUGGCAGAGCAGCAGUCGGUUUUUACCAGGUCUUGCACUGAGUAAGGUCUCAAUGAUUGCUCUUAGCAUCAGUCUCAUUCUUGGUAAAAAAAAAAAGUCUUUUAGAGUGAAAGAGGAAAGCAUGUGGAGUAAAAAGAGUAGGCAUGUGGAGAGAUGCUAAAACAGUCAUUGGCGUAAACAAGGCAGUUGCCAACCAAAGAGUGGUAUUGGUCUAUGUUAUAACCAAAUAUAAGCUUAAGUCUUAAUGUUAUAAAGAUAAAGACUUUAAAAGACUGAGCGACUCAGAUCCUUUAGUUUUAAUAACACAAUGUACGAUCACUCUUCUAUGAGAGAAAGUCUCGCAUUUCAUGUAUGGGCUUUAAAAUUAAGUUAUAGCUCUCAAAGUGAAGUGAGGAAUUGAAACAUGAGUGUAGCAAUACACAGCGGUCUCUGGAGCCUGACAAAACGCCACUCUCUAGCCACAAAUAAUGCUCAUAAAUGUUCUUCCUUGAGCUGCCCCCCCUCUUCCCCCCAGUCGAUGAUGGAUUGGUUGAGGUCUCGCUUCAAACAAGCAGCUGCUGCUGGAAGAGAGUGGGUGAGUUAUCUUUAGUCUCUUUGCUAAAGAAAUUAGUCAAAGUUAAAAAGAUGUUUGGUGGCUAGUGCUAUGGCUGGGACCCUAUAUGUACUGUUGACGAAGUUAGGCGCUGUUCUGAGCAUUAAUUGUGGCUUAGAGUGGCGUUCCAGUUGAGGUUUGUGUGUGGCUCCUGAGACCGCUAUGUAUUGCUAUUGAGCGGUCGUUACUAAAGUUGGUAUAACUAAAGAAGCAAGCAGUCUGCAACAUUCAUCUCUUGUAGGGGUGUCUAACUCGGUGUUACGGUGUGUUUGACCCUUAAUCAAUUUUACGCCGGCAUAUCCCCUAAGUGCAUGUGAUGCAGAUGUGAAAUCAUGAGUAAUUUUGUUUGAUAAUCAUGAUCUCAGUAUCACUCAAGAUAAUUUGAGUCUGAUUUUAGUUAUAAUCAAGCAGCCCUACUCACACAUGCUUAGCAUUAUUACAGCACAUACAAGUAAUACAUUUUUGUAGUCAAGUCCUAUUUUUUGUUUAUCAUUGAAAUAAUUGGGACCUGUAAACAGCAUAUAUUCUAAAAUGUUUACUCACAUCAUCAGUAUGGUUGACUUUAAUAGAAAUUUCUAGACCUCUCUAAAAAUAUUGUAAGUUGUUCAUGUUGUGUUUCCAUCAUUUUGUUUAAUUAUUUCAAAUCAAGCGUAUCUGACCUUAGAGGAAAAUGACCCAUUUCUGCUAAAUGAUCUCGGUCAAAUUUUCUCACUCGCCUUAUUUCCAUCUUGCAACAUUUAACCACAGAGCCCUCCACAGCUUGUAAAACGUGCAUUCAUUAAGUCUGUGGUUAGCUUUGUGUAGGGGUAGAGAGCCCAUUUCCCACACACAUAGACACACAUCAAAAAGUAGUUACAUGAGUAAUUUCCUCAUGAAAGAACAAGUUCAGCACUGAAUAGCAAAAAAGACAAGUAUUUUUUAUGAAACUUUAACAUUUCCGUGAAUGUACAAAGAGUAUCUUUGUAUAGAUAGAGCUCUCUAAUCUGUUUUCCUCCUGACACUGCAGAAGCACAUUGACUCUGAUCUUUAUUCUGAUGAUAGAGUAUUCCUCCAUGUUGUGUCAUGGGUGACCGUGUCAAGUUACCUCGAAAUUAGGAAAAUUCAGUGGGAGGAGACUGCACCUGUUGAUAUACCCUCAAAUUUACCUCCAGACUAUUGAAUUUGUGUUUCUAUAGCCUUGUAUACAGAUGGAUGUCUGGACCACUAGUUAAACUUAUCUUUACUUUGAUUGAUCCUCAGUCUAGUCAAUGGUAGGUGGGUAUGUUGGCAAAUCAUCAGUAUUUUGUGAUUUGAUUUAACAGUAUUCCAUAGUAAUAUUUCUAUACUAACUAAAAUGUAGAAAAAGCGAGGCUGAUCUUAUUUAAAAAAAAAAAAAAGGCUGUCAGCACAACCUGUUAACAUGAUUUUUAUAAACCUUGCAUAGAGAUCAGAAACUGUGUUUGGUGUGAACGCACCAUUAAAAGGGCAAUCAAAAUCAAUCCCGCAAGUGAAUGACGUGCAGAGUUAAUGCAAAGUGUUAUUUUCUUCGGCCAAUAGUUCACACCCAAAUGUGUUCUGCUCACGUUUCAUGAAUACGGCUCAAAGAGAAGAGAGAAAAAGACAGCAAGAGCUGUGGAUGAGAUCACUCUGAGCUGCAUGCAUUGAAAUUUACAAUACCAUAUUAAUUGUGCUAUAAGGUAUGCUUCCACUUUUUUUUUUUUGGUCAGAGUAAUGACCUAGGUCUGGAUCCUGCUGACAUCAUGGCCUCCCUCUGUUUCACUCAGACUGUACGAGUCUCUCUUCUCUAUUUCUCUAUUUCAAAAAUGGUCAGAAAAUACCAGAGUGGCCAUAAAUACUCCUGUGUACAUGCACAGUUAAGUUAAACAACGGUUGCAGCUCGAUUAGGAGAUAUGGCUGGACUACUGUCCCUAUUUACAAGCCCUGGGUAAUAAUAAUAAUAAUAAUUAUUAUUAUUAUUGACAGAAGCAUGUCUGCCUCUGCAGGGCUUGACACUAACUUUUUUCACAAGGAGCACAUGUGCUCCUAAGUUGAAAAAGGAGCACACAAAGAACUUUAGGGGCACAAUGAAAAUUGAUCAAAUAAUGUUUGUUUUAUCUGUUGACAUAAGUGCUUUAUUUGAAAUCAAUUUUAGGUCUUUUGGUCACAUGACAUGGAAGCUAUUGAAGAAAAUUUUCAAAAUUUGCCUUUAAAUUUAACACAAAAAAUUUAUGAGGACAAAUUAGGGAAAUAAAGAGGUGUGUCUUAUUUGUCGACCUAAGUAUUAAUAUUUGAAAUCAAUUUUAGGUCAAUUGGUCACAUGACAUGGAAGUUAUUGAAGGAAAACAGCCUUUUCUGAGAAUAUCAACCAGUAAUUUAUUGAUGGUACCUUAGUCAACACCCAAUGUUGACCACAAGGAUGCUGAGUAGCUUUAACCGCCCUGCUGUUGCUACUACCCGCUAUGUAGAGUAAGAAGACACCGGUAGAUCUGCAGUGAAUGUCCAUUAAAUAUCCAACAUAAAACUAACUUCACCGUGGUAUUUACAUGAAAAAACAUUUGUUGCCUCGGCUAAUUUUUUUAAGCCCACAUGUGCCCCUAAAUACAUUUUACAAUCCGCACACAUCUAUUUUUAGACGCAAAUGCGAGUGAAACGGUUAUACUGUCGAGCCCUGCUCUGCUACAGUGGGUGGAUACGUGCCCCCUAGCAGCUUGUUACUAUGUUCAUCUCCUGGUUAGUUUUUAUGUACCAAAACAGUCAGCAAAAGGCUUUAGUAAGAGGCUAGUGGGGUGUCUGUCGAAGGACAAAAACCCUGUCUCUUUUACAGCCCUGUACCGUUUGUGUUUUGCACAUAGACUGUAUAUACUAUGGACUACUUGGUUCUGCCUACCGCCUGUAUACUGAUUUGAAGCCAAAAAGCUCUCAGAAUUUCCGGGAUUUUUCUUCAUUUCCUGAAACCUGAAGCGCAUUCGGCCGCGCAGUCGCAGAGAGUCGCUGUGAUGACGCUCGGCUCAAACAGCGUAUCCCCCGGGAGAGCUACGCAAUCCCUGAACGCCCAUAGGCUGUAUCAGGUGUCAAUCAUAGCAAACCUGAACCCCCUAAUAACUUCUAAAAACGGAGCUGCACAGAAAAUAAAAGGACUUGAGCACAAACCAGUCUUACUGUAACUACGUGUCAACGUCACAACCAGGAGGGAGAAAAAUUAUGUUCUGUGUAAUAAAUUUCUAAAGUUUGUCCACAGCACCAAAAGCUUUGCUGGCGGAGGCGGAUUUAUGACCUAUACUGUCUGCAGCCUAGGCCUGAACGAUAUAUCGUUUGACUAUCGUCAUCGCGAUGUACGUGUGUGCGAUAGUCACAUCGCAGAGCCUGCGAUAUUGGAGGUGAAUGAACUCAUUUAAUUUCAAGGGUAACCGACUGAGAUACACUCCAUGUGACUCUGCAUGUGCUGUGCAGCGAUCCACCAAUCGCCUUCGUCCUUAACUCAGUUGCCAAUCAGACUCACUUCUCAGUUGCCAAUCAGACUAUCCUGCCAGCUGUCAAUCAAAAUCAGGGAGGAGAAAACCCACCCCUGCACAUGUUCUGCACAUGGAGGGAGACGUGUGUCUGCUGAGAAUUACUUUCGGAACUUUACUCAUGACUAUUAAGCCCAACAAAUAAGAACUCUAUGGGUUUUAAAUUGUACAUUUCCGUGGACCACUCUACUAUAAGCAGUGCGCGUUCUCGGAGGACAUGCGUUUCUCGGCACAACACCGCUGACAACAACAACAACGAUCGCAAAAUGAACAACGAACAAGCGAAAACCACCGAAAAUGAAGAUUUGUUGCCAAAAAGAAAAGGAAAGUCAGUCAUCUGGAAUUAUUUCGGUUACAAGAUGGAUAAUGUCGACCAAAACACGUGUUCUGUGUUCACCUGUUGCCACAAUAACGGAGCUGCACAGAAAAUAAAAAUACUUGAGCACAAACCAGUCUUACUGUAACUUCACGUGAUCAACAUCACAACCAGAUUUCAGCAGUGCAGAAAAUUAUGCUAUUCUGUGUAAUAAAUUUCUAAAGUUUGUCCACAGCACAAAAGCUUUGCUGGCGGAGGCGGAUUUAUGACCUAUACUGUCUGCAGCCCAUCAACAGAGGGUGCUGUUCUCGGAGUGGCUUCCCCCAGCGAGGAGGCAGACUCUGUCCAUUCUAUAUACAGUCUAUGGUUUUACAUAAUGAAAAUUUCCAAGUCUCUCAAGGUUUUGUUUACUUCCUGGCUUCUGAGCAACAUAUCCAUAUAAUUCACCUUCCAAUGCCUUUUCUGUAUACGCAGAAUACUUAGGCCAGUUUCAGUAUGAAUGAGCCAUUUACAUGACAGAAAAUUGAUCCCUGUCUGCAUUAUCCAGGUUUAUUAGUCCAACAAUAAGAAUUUUGAUUUAGUAUGAUUUCAGUCAGACUAAUGUUUUUACAUGUUUUUAAAAGUCCACUUUCAGUCAGACUUACAACAUAUAAACGUACUGACUGUAUACUGUAUAUUAAUGGAUAAAACUGAAUUUACUUCUCCUUGGUGUGAAUCUGUGCUGGGUGCAUAAAUAAAGAAUUUAACAACUAAAACAAAGGACACAAGGUGGACCAAAGAGUUAAUAAACAUCCCCAAUUCACCAAAUGGCAGGACAAUAAGUCUGUAUGUUCAAAGUAUAUUUAGGGAGGACUCCAAGGCCCUCAGUCAUUCUGUGCUUCCUGCGCUGGUCAGCCAUCUUACUGUAUAAAGCCAACAGUUUGUUGGCACUUGAAAAACAGAUAAAGCUUAAGAUACAGGGGACUGUUUCUCUGUUUAUAAGGAAACAGAAGUCUUUAGAGAUUGUGAAUGUCAUGUGCAGGGAGGGACGGGACCUUUUAGAGACUGAAAGAAGACAUGCAGCUUCAUAGAUGGUAGCUGUCAGAUUCAACAAAGCUUUUUGUGGCUGCUCAAACAAAAUGAACCCAUACGAUUUAUAAUAAGGGGUUUUCCAAACGGUUCUGUUCUCAAGGAAGUAUACCUUCUCAUGCCUACUCUUGAGGCGUUUUCUGCACUGUACAAAGGGUGAGCGUGCAUGUAUCUGAGAGAUGUGACAGCUUCAGCUGUGAUCGUCUAAGAUGCAUGCUUACAACUUUCAUUUUCAUCAUAAGUAUUCAGUAUCUAUUCUGCUGAGAAAUCACACCCGACCCUUUGAGGAAACGAAGACGGCAGGCUUGCUUCAGGAUACCUCAAGUAUCAUCUCCACCUUUGACCACAUAAGACAAACCAUACAUGUGUGAAAAUCGUUUGCAGAAUUAAGGGGUUGCCUCUCCAGUGGCGGCAAUCACUUCACUGCUUCUUGGAUAUAAAAAAAAAAAUGCUGCAACGGUUUGGUACCCGUUUCUCUGAUUUGGAGACGUUUGAGAUGAUCUGUGGUUUGUCUGCGCUGUCUCAAAGGCAUACACUCUUAAAAAAGCAGUUUAUGCAUAUUUAGUCACACAGACAGAGAGAGAGAUAGACAGAUAAAGGCAAACUCACACACUGUCCUAGGCUUGUACAGUCAUACUGAGCUUUGUGAUUAAAUGAAACUUGGAAUCAAGUGUGCUGAAUGCUGAAUUUUCUCAUUCUGCACAUGACUCAUGUUAACCACUUUUAGCUUUUUAUGUAAAAACUUGUCCAUACAAUUAAUUUUAAGUUGCUGGAGUGUCUGCUCUUUUCUUCUCUUCAUGUCAGUGACUUCGACUUCAACUUGGACAUACUUUUAUUGUCUUUCAGUCUGCAGCAGGUGUAUAAAGAACAAAAUUUUGUUUGCAAUAUAAAUAUUUAAGGUGCAGAAUGAUAUAUACAGACUAGUGAUUAUAACAACGUGCAAGAACUGCAACGGGAAUAAAAACAAAAUGUAUGCAUAUAUCUCUACAUAUAUAAAUAUAUUACAGUCAUUGGAGCGCAAAAAUAUGAAUAAAAUAAAAAAAUAUGCAGCAGAAGUCCAGUGUAAGUCCAGUAGCAGUGAGUAUGGACAAACAGCAGUGAAAUUUGAAGUGCAGAACACUACCAUGGCCGACCCAAAGUCCUUGUGGAGAAUCCUCGCUGGUGGCAGCUGUUGUAGAUGUGUGUUUAGGCCAUUGAGGACUAUGUAAGGUUUUAUUUGUGCUUAAUGUUGUAAUCGCCAAAAAGAGAGAAACAGUAACAGAGAGAUCCAGUGUUAAAAACAUCCACUGCUAAAAGCCAAGUUUUAACUUUUGUCAAAAUCUUUUUUUCCUCUUCUUCUUUUUCUUUUUUUUUUCAGUAUGGAUGGUGGCGAGCUUUUUAGUCGAAUCCAGGACAGAGGAGACCAGGCCUUCACAGAGAGAGGUAACAAGCUUGUUUUGACUUAGGAUGAACACAACUUUCUCAAUAUAUUCUGUAAAACUCCACAUACAACCCCCUGGCAAAAAUGAUGGAAACAGCAGUCUUGGAGGAUGUUUAUUCAGUUGUUUAAUUUUGUAAAAUAAAGCAGAUUACAGACAUGGCACAAGAUUGAAGUAAUUUAAAACGGAAACUGCCUAGUUUCUCAGGAAACACUUCAAGAAAAAAAGAAAAAAAAAAUCUGUAACAGUUUCUUUUUUUGAUCAAGCAGAGGGAAAACAUGAUGAAAUCACCCUCUAAAUUUCAUUUCCCAAAACUAACACCUGGCCCAGAUUACAUCUGUUUAUCAGUCUGCAGUUAAACAGAAGUGCUCACACCUUUCAGAGCUGUUGCACCACAUGGGUUGACAUGAAUCAUGGCUUCAACAUGAGUGAUGUCAGUUGAAACAAAGGAGAGGAUUAUCAAACUUCUUAAAGGAGGUUAAUCUUCACACAAUGUCGCAAAAGAUGUUGAUGGUUCACUGUCAGCUGUGUCUAAAAUCUGGACCAAGCACAAACAACAUAUGAAGUUUGCAAAAGACAAGCACACUGGUAGACCGAGGAAGACAUCAAAGUGUCUGGAAAGAAAACAUAAAGCAUCAUGUCUUGGAAACAGAAAGCACAUAGCAAAACAAAUGAAGAAGAAACGGGCGGAAACUGGAGUCAACGUCUGUGACCAACUGUAAGAAAACACUUAAAGGAAAUGGGAUUUACAUACAGAGAAGCUAAACAAAUGCCAUCAGUAACACCUGAACAGGAAAAAAACAAGGUAACAAUGGGCUAAGGAAAAGCAAUCGUCAUAUUCGGUAAUGAAUCAUGAAUCUGCGUUGGGAAAGGUGGUGAUGCUUGAACUUAAGUUUGGUGCCGUUUGAGUAAAAAUGUCGAAGACGACUGCCUGAAGAAAACAUGCACACUUCCACAGUCAUUGGUGAUAUGAGGCUGCAUGUCGUGUAAAGGCACUGAGUGGGGUGGCUGGCCUCAUAUCUUUAAUAAAUGCACAAGUUUACGUUGACAUUUUUGGCACUUUUCUUAUUCCAUCAAUCAAAAGGAUGUUUGAGAAUGAUGACAUUGUUAGAUGAUGCAUCUAGCCAUAGACCAAAAAAACGAAAACUUUCCUUGAAGGAAGACACAUAGGGUCAAUGUCAUGGCCUGAAAAUAGUCUGAGUCUCAAUCCAAUUAAAAAUCUGUGGUAGAAAUGGAAGAAAAUGGUCCAUGACAAAGCUCCAACCUGCAAAGUUGAUCUGGCAACAGCAAUCAAAGAAAGUAGUCAGACUGAUGAAGAGCACUGUCUGUCACUCAGAGACUGCAAGCUGUCAGAAAAGCCAGAGGUGGUGCAACAGAGUACUGGUUGUGAGGUGGAGGGUUUUUUGUUUGUAUUUCAUGAUUACAUAUUCAUUUUCUCCCUGCAUGAUCUAAAAAAGAAACUGGUACUGACAACCAUGUUUUUCUUGGUUUUCUUUUAGUGUUUCUUCAAGCCAGAAAGUUCCAAUUUUAAUAGAGCUUUGUUUUGUCUCAUGUGUGUGAUCUGCUUUUUUUCUGUAAAAUUAACUGAAUGAACGUCCUCCAAGACUGUUGAUUCAAUCAUUUUUGCCAGGGGUUGUUUAAGUGGUUUAGUGUGAAUGAACAGUAUUUGGCUAGCAUGUCUGCAAGUGAAUGUUCAUUCAGGUGACUCUAGCUUUAUAAAUAUGAGUUUUUUUCUCUCUACUCCAGAGGCAUCUGACAUCAUGAAAAGUAUAGGCGAGGCCAUACAAUUCCUCCACGCUAUCAACAUUGCACACAGGGACGUCAAGGUUUGUGCCGUCAGGCUGCUGUUUGAAAAAUAUACUCGCUCUUUGUUGACAAAUUGAAGUUUUUUUUCCAUGGUUUAUGAUGGGUAACUCAUUUUGAAAUCAUCAUGCUCCUCUGUUUUGUCUUGCUGAAUCCUCCCUGUAGCCAGAGAAUUUACUGUACUCCACAAAAAGGCCCAGUGCACUGCUCAAACUCACAGACUUUGGCUUUGCCAAGGAGACGACUUCACAUAAUUCUUUAGCUACCCCGUGCUACACACCCUACUAUGUUGGUAAGAAACUGUUUCUUUAUGUACUCUAAUAUUCUCUGCACACGAUGCUAAUGACUGACUGAACUGUGAUGUAUCACUGAUAACUAGGGGUGUGUCAAGAUAUCGUACCAUGAGAGCUUGCGAGACUAAAGUUUAAUGAGAGUUCACGUGGAGGUGAUAAGCUGUCUUGUGAAAUCAAUACAGAGUUUUCCGAGGACAGCACUUGGUUUGUUAUUUCCCACGCCAAGGAGGUUAUGUUUUUGGUAGCGUUGGUUUGUUUGUUUGUCUGUCUGUUAGCAACUUUACAGAGAAAGUUACAGACGGAUUGACCUGAAAUUUUCACCAGAGGUGUGUCUCAACCCCAGGAGGAUCCCAUUAAAUUUUGGUGGUGAUCCGGAUCGCCUUCUGGAUCCAGGAAUUUUUUGAAGGAUUCUUUAUCAUUGUGAGAUAGAGCAAAUUUUGGAAUUUUUGCAUUUAACUCUAUGAAAAUGUCCAGAGUCUUUAGUAAAAAAUCACACAAGAGGAUCUCAAUGAGUUUUAUGAGGUGUCAAAGGUUGAUCCUGAUCCAGACAAAAUUCCGGAUACUGUGAUCCAGAACACACAAUUGUUUUAGGAACAUUUUGAACAGUGAACGUAGCAGUUUAAACACAAAUAAAAGUUAAUAAAAGACACGUAACAGUAAAAGUUUUGGUGUGAAUCACAAUAUAAGGGGGGACAUGAGCUGCUUGGCGGAGAUCUGCGCUCUCCGAGUGCUUUUCUAGUUAGGAAUUGCAAUUAUUGCAUCGUACUGAUGUGGUGGUAGCACUGCAUCAGAACCAUUUCAGUGAAGCCGAAAAAAGAACCACCAAAACUGCAGCGUAAGUAGGCUGUUUAUGCAGCAGACCAGGGUCGUGUCCAAAUAAUGUGCUAAUAUUGCUGUUUGUUGCUGUUAAAAGAGAUUCAGACUGCAGUUUGUCACACACUGACAGACCUGACAGACUCUGUGUGACAGACCUCACGUGAUCAGUUGUUGUACUGCCCUUACAGCACGUGUACUUGUAUGCUAAGCUAGACAGCCAGCUAACAUCUUCGGAGUACUCCAGUAACCACACAAGGCUUGACCGUUUGUGUAUCUUACUGGAAUUCUUCAAAUUGUAAAACUGAAACAUUACAGAAAUAAAAACAACUCAGUAUACAUAAUGUACUCCAAACCGCCUGAAAAUAACAACUUCAUUUAUCCAUUAUAUACAGACACACAGUCUCCAAGGCAGCAGUGUUUUGGGAAACAAAACACAGCACUAACAUCUGUACAGCCGCUUAGCUUUUCUUGUGUGUGCGCAACUGCAGCAUAGGGAGCUAGCAAACACAGAGGAGACCUACAAGGCUGCACACAGUGAACAGAGCACUCACUCUGACGCGAUUUCUGAGGUCCAAUGAACCAAGCUCUCAUUCUGACGGGGGAAAAAAAAAAAAAUUAUUCUCUGAACUUUUCAAACUAAUAACUUAACUCACCUAACAUUUUCAACUCUUUACCCUCGCUGUAAAGGCAGCACGGUUGUCCUAUUUUUAUUUCAUGUACUUAUGUCUAUAUUCACAUUCAUUUCGUCCAACUGUCAUGUUCUUCCUCUGUGGCACCACUGAACUGCAAUACGGUAUGAAUGAUUAUUAACUUAGUAUUUUGUGCCCUCAUGUCUUGGUUAAAGCGUGUUAGCGUUUAAUUAAAAGGCGCAACAUGCAUAAGUAUUGUAGAGGAGUACAUGUUGAUAAUAGAUGUAUAACAAUGAUUUAAAAAAUCAUUACUACCACAAACAGUCACCACAGCAGAGAACAGAGAAUAAUGACAAAAAUAGAGAAUUAAGGGCUGUUUGUAUUGUUCAUGCUUUAUACUCUACUUGGUAACUCAUACUAAAAAAGUAGAACUGAAGUGAAAUUCAUACAAGGUGAUGACUUCUGACACAAAACUUCAAAUUGGACCGGGGUUGUUUAUUUUGUGACUUUUGUCUGAAUGAAAGUAUUUUCCAGUCACAUGUUCUAUCAUUGAAAUUCUUUUAAAAAUUGAGCAAAACUCGCAUCUUGUCUCAUUCACGUGAACUAAAUCUUGUCUCGUCUUUGCUCUUGUCUCGUCACACCCCUAAUCAUGACAUACAGUUUAUUUCUGCCUUUGGAGCUUGAAUUCACUCCUUAAUCCUUCCUUUCUGUCUGCAGCACCAGAGGUUCUCGGCCCAGAAAAAUACGACAAGUCAUGUGACAUGUGGUCAUUGGGUGUCAUCAUGUACAUCCUGUGAGUAAUUUUUUUUUUUUUUAAUGAGUUUCCUUAAUUAUUCUUUGAAAUAAAAAAGGCACUAACUUACGAAUUCUUAAACAGGUUGUGUGGGUAUCCUCCCUUUUAUUCCAACCACGGCCUCGCCAUCUCUCCCGGCAUGAAGAGGAGGAUCAGGAUGGGCCAGUAUGAGUUUCCCAACCCUGAAUGGUCUGAUGUAUCAGAGGAAGGUCAGAAAUAGCAUAUGCAUGUGGUGACUUAAGGUAGUGAGUUUAAAUGCUGUCAAUUGACAUUUUUUAACUUUACUUUUAGCCAGAAAUAAUACCUCAAGAUAGUUUCAUAAGUCAUCCAAAUAUAAAAAAAGGUUAUUUUUGCUAAACUCUGCCGUCAAGAAAUUGAAACUGCUGCCUGUGUUUUCACCUCCUCUUCACUGCCAUCAGUCAUAUUUGCUGCAAUUGAAAGUGAUGUUGUAUUUUCUGUCUUGUGUAGGGGUUUUGAGAAAAAAAAAAGAGAAGCCAACAAAGUGAUUAUUAGUGAACUUAGGGAUAUUUCCUUCAAUUGGAUCAGUUCAGUGUAUUUGUGGAACUUAAGAGUCAGAUGAGUUGUAUUUACUGUAAUACUAUUCUUAAAAAAAAUCUGUACAUGGAUUACUGUCAGUGUGUGCUAUUUUAUUUUCAGUUGGAGUUGACGACUCAGUUUUUGGUUACACCGUCAUAGCAAAAUAAACAUGCAAACAACAGGAUUGCUCAAUGUAAGCUAGCGUUAUUGCUCAACAUGCAGCAUGUUCAGGAAUAAACAACAUGUUGGUAAAGUGUAAAACUACACGGUUUUCCCUCUGCACUUUUUUUUUUGUCUUUUUAAUUUUAGUUUCAUAUCACUAUGUCACCAUUUGUUUUAAAUAGUAGCUAGUAAGAAAAAUGUUCUGUGUUGUGUUUGCAGCUCAACAGCUGAUCAGGACCCUCCUCAAGACCGAGCCGACACAAAGGAUGACCAUCACAGAGUUCAUGAAUCAUCCAUGGAUCAAUGUAACAGCACUAUCUUGUUUUUAACUUCAAGUUCACUCCCUUACUACCUCUCAAUGAACAACACUGUUCUGGGUGUUGCCCCUCCAGUGAAGUCAACAAAUCUGCUUGUGUUCCUUUGUGUCUUUGUAAAGCAAUCAAUGGAAGUUCCCCAGACCCCACUUCACACCAGCCGUGUGCUUAAAGAAGAGAAGGAUGCGUGGGAGGAUGUCAAGGUAAGAGGUUCCCUUUGCAACGAUUCAAAAAACGAAACACUUUGAAUGAAGGACUGCUGCCAUGUCAAGUCUUUGGAUUGAUUAUUUGAAUGGCAGCAUCAGAAAAAACACCCUUCAAAGUAAAGAUGGACUGUACUGUGUCUCUCUGUAGUUAUAAGUUAUGGUCAAUGAUAAACUUAUGCCAUGACUGUGUAAGGGCCGCAAAUCCUUUUAAAAUCGAAAGAAGAGAAUUAGCUUAAGGAGGAAACAGCUAAAAUCAACAGUGGAAACCUGGGGUUAAUGAACAUGCCCGAUAUGGACUUAUUUUUGUCCAUAUAUGGUGAGGGGUCAUCGCUGCAUUACACCUGGCAGCCAUGUAGGCUUUGUUAAUAUGCUCCGUUCCAGUUGUACUGGGAAGUCGGAAUAUCCGAGCUCCAAGUCAGAAAUUCAUCUAGAACGCCCCCCCUGAAGUCGGAUUUCCGACUCAGAAAAUCAGACGAUCCUCACCAACCCCGACUUGACGACAACGUCAUAAUCCAGGAUGGAAGUACAGUGCAUCAACAGUAAACAAUAACAGUGAAAGCUCUUGUAAUGUUUUAUUUAUUAGCACUUCUGUUUUGUUUUUGUGAAAUUAAAUAAGUGGUAUAUGUUGUGCUGCCCAAUGUCUAACUGUGAACACGGUGGUAUGGUGUUUGUAAAAGUAAAAUACUGUGUAAUGUGUUGUUUACAACUAGUAUAGCUAACAACAACUAACAACCGCUGACAACGGCUAACAACAGCUGACAAUUGUAAACAACAGCUAACAACGGCUAACUGUAGGCGUCCAUCUUGGAUUUCUGACUUGUUAACUGGAACGCUGUCAACUCGGGUGUAAUGUCAUUCCCAGCUCCAACAUCCGACUUUUGAGGUAACUGGAACGUAGCUUAAGCUUUGUCUUGUGUUUGUUUUGUUGCUAAAGAAACAAAAAAGGCAGGAAUUGUUGUGAACUUUGGUGUCCUUUUAAGGGACCCCCAUUUUCAAGCAACUUGACCUGUAGGUUAUAUACAGCAGGUUAUAUACAGCAAUUCUGAGACAAAGUUUUGUUGCAUCUUCACCAUUAUUAUUUUAACUUUUUUCUUACAAAGCAACAUUACCUCCUCUGCUGUUGAAAAAAAAAAGACAAACAGCUGUCAUAAUCUGUAUUUGUUGCAUUUAAAUCUUUUACACUGGCUAAGUAGAUCAAAAACUCUACGACAUUGGUAUGUGCUAGUCUUCAAUAUGGGAUACCAAACUGCAUUUCGUUACAUAUUUUUGGGGGAAGUGUUGAUCCUUUUUGAUGAGCACUGCAGUUUUUUUGUUUCUGAAAGAACAAUGGAUCUGCAUUUUAGACCUUUGAGGGAAAGAAGCUUGUCGGGCAGACGUGAUAUCUUGGCUUCAGUGAAUCAAGUGGUCAAAUGACCCUUUUUUUUUUUUUGAUGAAUUUUCAGGAGGAAAUGACCAGUGCCUUGGCAACAAUGAGGGUUGAUUAUGAGCAGAUCAAGAUCAAGACCAUUGAGGACUCGACCAAUCCCUUGCUUACGAAAAGGAGGAAGAAAGCCAAUCACAGCAUCGCCGACCCACAGUCUGCUGCUCACUGAAAGAUGCACGAAUGCAUGCACAUACAAACACAGGUUGUAAAAAGGAAGCAAUAAUUCGUCGACGUGUGAGUCGCAUUGCAUGGAUUUUAUCAGUGUUUUAUUUUUCAUGGCAAAUUCUAAUGUUUUGUAGGAGUGUUUUGUUUUUAUUACUCUACCAUUUUAACAAGCCUAGCCUUUGCUUUGGCAGAGAGGAUGUUUAUCCGUGUUUUUACACCAGUAAAGAGAUUAUGAAUUAUAGAAAAUAUCAGGUUGUGUACCAAGAGGGGCUUGAGUGUUUGGAUAGGACUUGAAGCCUUAGCAUUAGCAGUAGCCCUGCCCCCUCCCCCCGGCCCUGUUGAAGCACUAGCCCCCUGUGAAUGUUAAAUCAGAUGGCUAAAUCCCAAAUAAAGAAAGCAAGGGAAAGUUUCGUACCUGCAGAAUAAACAGAUGUAUUUUGAACUGACAAGUGGAAUGUAAGGACUUUUCUCCUGCCUGUUGGUGUUAGCUGGAUAGUCACUCAUUUUUGGGACACGAGUCUGUAAGGUUCAGUUUGUCUUGGUGAAUGUUGAACAGAGGCCUAUGCACUCACUCAAGGGCUGCGUGCCAUUCUGACAGAGCACCUCACUCUUGGCUCCUCUCUCCUUAUUUUAUCUAUGCUUGUUUUUCAGAAAUGUUGUUUUAGGCCAGAGGAGGAUGCCAGGAGUAAGAACAGAAACUGGCUCCACUUUUGGCCUGCAUGUAGCUAAGAGGAGAGUAGGAGCCAACCGAUACUGUAUUUUUUCAUGGAUUUUAUUAGUAUAGGCCUUAAUGAGUGUCGCUAUAUCAGUAAAUGAUGUUUAACCCCUACCUACCUACCUACCUACCCCUUGGUUCAUACUAUCACAGAUGUUAUGCUUCAAAGUUUAUGACUUUGCCAGAUUAUAUUUCAGGUUCAUGCUAUGCAGAUAUGUUUGUCAGCAAGCGGAGAGUAAGUACUGCAAGGACCUUUUGUUUUUUUCCUUUUUUUUGUUAGUGUGGAUUUUUUUUUUUUUUUGCAAAUGUGUCAGAGAGAUGUCAAGCAACAAUAGAGAGCGCAAGUGUAUGUUUAUGUAAGCAGUAGCACCCUUUAGGGAAUACAUGUUUCGGACAGACCUUCAGUUCCUACGAAAUGAUCACGAUCACCAAACGGUAGAGGGACUGAUCUGUGUUUAAUGCCAGUUUCCGCUGACCGUUCUCCUCCACACUGUCCUUGAGGAUCGAUAGAGUAGAAACUACUGAAGUGCUGCUCCGGUCCUGGGAGUAGAAUCUUGACAUAACACCAGCAAGCUGUCAUCACAUCCAGAUAGGGUAUGAUGGUUGUUUUCUCUUUAAUGUGCUGUCCACAUAAAAGGACUAUCUCACUUUGGGAUCAUGAGACAUAAAUGUAUUGGUUUUGUCAGUUUUGUCCACUUCACUAUGUGAAAUCACAUCCACAUGACCUUUCACAUCACACCUAUAAAAUAUUUCACUGUAAAAUGUUCACUGAAUGUUUGUGAUGAUGUUCCCUUUUUUUUCUCAACAUCUUUUUGUAGUGGAGGCACAGAUGUGUGUCUAUCAUUGAGUCUGAUUAGCUACACCUGCCAUACUUUGGUCUGCUUAAGCUUUGGAUUAAAAAAACACAAAACUAA